UUAGAGAGCUGGAAGUGGGAGUGAGGGAGCUUCAAGGUCAUCACCCAGUUUUCUUUCUCCCUCUUUUUUUCUCUGUAUUUUCUCUCGCUUUCUCUCCGUUUGGGAAAGAUACACAGAGAUUCAUUUCUUCAUCUGCAGAGCUUUUUAAUUGCAGUUUAGGAUGAAGAUAUUGGGAUCAGUUCAGCAGCGUACUGGACGUUUGUGUGCCCAGUAUUUGUGUAUCCACCUGGCACAUAUCAGCGUACUGACCACUGCCUUCCUGGGCUUAUUUUCUGCAUGCAUCUCUGCACUGCCUGUAGCUCCAGAGAGGAGAUGUGCCUUUCUGGCAAGCCCCCGAAACACUGAAAAGGCCCAGCGAGCCGGGAACAUCAGUGGGACUGUUCAGCACUGUGCUCGGACUUACUGCUGCAUGGGGAUCUUCAGGCUAGAACAUGGAGGGCCCACCCCUGACCUUUUAGGUUGUAGCAUAACUGAAACAUCCUGUCCUGAAGCAUCCUGCCGUGCAUCAGCACAUCGUCAGAACUAUCUGAGCUGUGUUUGCAGCUCAGACUUCUGCAACAUUAACAUCACCCUAAAUAACCAAGCCAAGCAAACACAGCCCUCCCACACCUCAGAUGUGCUGAGUGCCAGUCUGUUUGUUAUCCCUGGUGGAGCUCUGGUUAUUCUUAUAUUUCUCCUGACAGUUCUGGGAGGGAAACGCCUGGUCAGAGUCUGCGGCUCCAUAACACCUCUGUAUGACAUUUCAGAGGAAUGUGAUUUUGACCUGGGGAGCAUGGAGUUGCAAAAGGUUGUGGCACGUGGGCAUUUCGCAGACGUUCGACAGGGUUUCUUCAAGGGAUCAUCAGUAGCCCUGAAGGUGUUCCCUGAGUCUAAUAGACAGGAGUUCUCUAAAGAGAAAAAUGUCUACCUGCUGCCUUUUAUGACGCAUUGUGGAAUUGUACAUUGUCUUGGAGUGGGCAGAAUGGGCAGGGAAUUUGUACUGAUUUUGGAAUUGGCAACACAAGGCUCUCUGAACACAUUCCUCUCCAGAACUGUGAGCGACUGGAACUCUACUUUAAGACUAGCACAGACUGUAUCUCAGGGUCUGGCCUACCUCCACACUGAGCUGAAUAAGAAUGGUGCGUGCAAGCCAGCAAUAGCUCAUGGUGAUCUGAGCAGUAGUAAUGUUCUGGUGAAGGCAGAUGGUUCUUGUGCUCUGUGUGACUUUGGAUGCUCAGUGGUUUUGCAGGGCUUCAGAAACUGUCCAGGAAUUCAGGACCAUUCGGGAGAAACAGAGGGCAGAAUUCCCUUGGGAACUCUCCAGUACAUGUCUCCAGAACUGCUGGACGGAUGUGUGAAUCUGAGCAGUGGUCAGUGUUUAUUACAGGCUGAUGUGUAUUCUUUAGGGCUGCUGCUGUGGGAGCUGACGAUGCGAUGCUCAGAUCUCUGCAAAGGUUCUCCUGUCCCAGCACAUAUGUUGCCUUAUGAAACUGAACUGGGAACCAGUCCAUCCCUUGAAGAUCUUUAUGCUUUGGUAUCAGAGCAGAGGAAGCGCCCGAGUGUGCCCGCUGAGUGGGGCCGAGACUUUCAGGAAUUUUCUCUGCAGGAGCUCCUCGAGGAUUGCUGGGAUCAUGACGCGGAGGCAAGGCUGACGGCACAGUGCGCUGCCAGCAGAUUAUCUUCUUUACCUUUUGAUCUAAUUUUGUGAAUUCGAUUUAAUUUUGAUUUAGGCAAGAUUUACUGCGCUUCAUGUAGAGAAGUAGUGUGUGACGGUGGGGAGGAAGAAGGGAGAAAACUUAUGUCAGCACCUGCGAGCAGAGGAGAACAGGUCUUAUAAGGACGGAAGCUGGUGAUUGGCUGAGGUAUGAGUGACAGGCUUUCGAGUUUACCACUAGAACCUGAGCAGAGCUUACAGUUCUGUGGAGUUGAAGAAAUUGAAGAAGUUAAAAUGUUGUAAUGAUGUUCAACACUGUUUAAACUAUCCCUGAUUAUUAUUUAGACAUUACCUGAAACUGUUUCUACUAUAUUUGUGAUGUUGAAGACUAACUAAAUGUUGCUUAUUGUGGAACAAUAAGCAACUCAUUUAUUUGAGUACCUUUUAUUGUGGGACCCUCUACCCGGUUAAUUGGAAUUUUGUACUCUGGUUCUCUGUGCAGAAAGGGGCGUGUCAUAAACACCACCCCAGGUCACUCAAGAAAAAAGCAUUCAGCCCCCUUUACUCUGACCCCCCUAAAUAAAGUCCAGUGCAUUUAAUUGGCUAUAGAAGUCACUUUUAACUAAUAAACAUUUAACUAAUAGUUUGGAGCUAUGUCUCAUUUAGUCUCAGUACAAAAAACAUCUGUUUUAUACAGGCCUCAGUGCAUCAUGAAGACCAUGAAAAUCACCAGACAGGUCAGAGGUAAAGUUGUGGAGAAGUGGGGAUUUAAAGCAGGAAUAUGUAAUAAAAACAUAUCCCAAGCUUAGAGCAUCGCAAUGAGUACUGUUCAAUCCAUUAUCCAAAAAUAGAAAAAGUAUUUUACAACUGCAAACCUAACACAGAUUGAGAAAGGAGAGCACUAAUCAAAAUUAUGAACAAGUGGCAAGAAGAAAAUGAUUCUUGAAAAAAAGCCAUGUAGGGGACACAGCAAACAUGUGAAGGAAUAUGCUCUGGUCAGAUGAGAUGAAAUUUUUGAUGGAUAAAAUGGGGCAAACACUGUAGGUUUGGAUUUUUUUUUCUAGAUUAAUAAUAAAAACUUUCAUUUAAAAUGUUUGCAUCUUCUGUAUUUUUUGUGUUUACUUGUGUUGCCUUUGACUAAUACAGCUCUGGAAAAAUUAAGAGACCACUACAGUUUCUGAAUCAGUUUUUCUGAUUUUGCUAUUUAUAGGUUUAUGUUUGCGUAAAAUAAGCAUUGCCUGCACUCCUGGUGCAAAAGAUUCAAGCAGUUUAGUUUGGUUUGAUGGCUUGUGAUCAUCCAUCUUCAUCUUUGUUAUAUUCCAGAGGUUUUCAAUUCAGUAAAAUAAAAGAAGCUCGUCAUUUUUAAGUUGUCUCUAAUUUUUGUUUCCAGAGCUGUAUUUAAAUUUGCUCGAUGAACUGAAACAUUUAAUGUGACAAACAUAGAAAAAAAAAGAAAUCAUGUAGAAGGCAAACACUUUUUCUCAACAAUAAACAUCUCCCUUUAAGUCUCUUUUA